GCCCCGCCCCCUCAGCGGCGCCCGCGACCCGGUCGGCGUGUCAGUCCGCAGGUUCGGGUCGUUGUAGCGCCGUUGGGUCCCGCGUGGUGCCGGGGGCUUGUCCUGCGCUUACACUCGCUGGGCACGGAGCCCUGGAGUCUCUGAAAAUGAAUACCACUAUGAAGCAGAAACAGGAAGGAGCCCAAGAAAACUUGAAGAAUAGUCCUGUCCCAAGGAGAACACUGAAGAUGAUUCAGCCUUCUGCAGCUGGAUCUCUUGUUGGCCGCGAAAAUGAGUUGCCAAAAGGCUUGUCCAAAAGGAAGCUUUGGAAUGACCAGUUAACAUCUAAGACUUCAAGCUCUGGUCCAGAAGCUAAUGAAAAUAAAGAUGUUGAAGAUGUUACCCAGGAAGCAUUUGAUCUUAUGAUUAAAGAAAACCCAUCUUCUCAGUAUUGGAAAGAAGUGGCAGAAAAACGGAGAAAAGCUCUCUAUGAAGCACUUAAAGAAAAUGAGAAACUUCAUAAAGAAAUUGAACAAAAGGACAGUGAAAUUGCCCGCCUGAAAAAGGAGAACGAAGAGUUGGCAGCAGUAGCAGAACACGUACAGUACAUGGCAGAGGUAAUCGAGAGGCUGAGUAAUGAACCUCUGGAUAACUUUGAAUCACCGGAUAGUCAGGAAUUUGAUUCUGAAGAGGAAGCUGUUGAGGAUUCUGAAGUGGAAGGCUCAGGAACUGGCGUGUGUACUGAAGAGACUGUGUCUUCCUCCACGGACACCAAACCAUGUCCAUGAGGUGUGAAGUACACUGCCAGCGGUGCCCUUCAAUAUAUCUUGGUAAAUUAAUUAAGCCGCGCAAGUGCUGGAAUCCAGGUUUGAAGCCUGGGGCUCAAACUGCACUAAAAUACAGAUAGUAUGUAUUUUUAAUCUAUUGUUUUAUGUAAAUAGCAUUUUCAUUUUCUCAGUGUCAGAUGUGACUUGUGUAUAUUAAAUAAACUUCAAUUUCCUGUUGAA